AUACUGUAGCAGCUCCCUCGUCUCUACUUGUGGCUCAGCCAUCGAUGAGAAAAUGGCUUGCCUUGGAAGAGUAGCGAACGUGUUUCGAAACUCUGUCCGGGGUUCAAGGUCUCUAAAAGGUUUAACAUGGCACCGAGCUGUCGGACCGGCCAUUGGAGGCACAAUUGUUGGGGCUGGAGUCAUUUGUUAUUAUUACCCAUUUAAUGUAAACAGCACAAGUUUGCCUAUCGUCGUAGCUCAAGCGGAAGAGCAAAAAGAGGCUGCUGCUCCCCAAAUGUCAGCCAGAAAAAGGCGUUUUACCCAGUUUGCCUCAGUUGCUUACAAAGACGAGCCCUACAUGACACCGAGAGACUUCCUCUUCUCCGUGAUGUUGGAGAAUGUUGAUCGAAAACUGCAAAAGAGAGUCCUAACAAAAGAAGACGUGGAUAAGAUGGUGGCCGCUGCCGUCAAAGCUCGUCCUGGAAAUUCUUUGUUCAGGCUGUGGGGAGACAACGGUUUGAUUUCCUACACUGAAUAUCUCUUCUUGCUGACUAUUCUGACAAAGCCACGGACAGGAUUUCAUAUAGCUUUCAAAAUGCUGGAUGUGGAUGGCAAUGAGCAUGUGGACAAAAAGGAGUUCAUGAAGCUCAAGAAUAUCAUUGGAAAAAGUAAAAGGAGGAUUCCAAAGGAGAGCACAGAGAACCCAAUAGAAGAAGUGGAGCAUGUGAACACUACUCUGCAGGCCUACUUCUUUGGAAAAAGGGGAGAUAACAAGCUGCAAUAUCAACAGUUUCACAAGUUCAUGGAGGACCUCCAGGCUGAAGUCCAGGAGAUGGAAUUCCUUCAGUUCUCCAAAGGAAUGGACACUAUGCGACGGGAAGACUUUGCCGAGUGGCUGCUCCACUACACCAAUGAAGAAGCAAACGAAGUCUACUGGGAAAACAUGAGGAAGAGGAUCCCUGCUGGCCAGAGCAUCACAUUUGAGGAGUUCAAAGCCUUCUGCCUGUUCACAAACAAUCUGGAGGACUUUGCAAUUUCCAUGAAGAUGGUCAGUGAAGCCAACCGUCCCGUGGGAAUGGCCCAGUUCAAGCGGGCCGUAAGGAUCGCCACAGGUCACGACCUGUCAGAGAACGUGUUGGACACGGUCUUUAAACUCUUCGACAUGGACGGGGACAACUGUCUGAGCCACAAGGAGUUCAUUGGCGUGAUGAAAGAUCGAGUGUUGCGGGGCCUCAAGGUGCAUCCACAGAAUGGCUUCUCUGGCUACUGGAAGUGUGUGAAGAGGGAAACCCUGAAGGGAGCCAAGGAAGCGCUGGGAAAUGGCAGAUGUCCCAUCUGAGUGACUUGAUGUCUCAGGACACGUCUGGCACUCACUGCUGCCCACCCCACAUUUAAGAUAGCAAAUAUAUAUAUUGUUUUGCUUUUUACCAUUUAUGUACAAAUGAUGGUGUUCAUAAAAAAAAUCACAUUAGCUUGUGUUUGUGUGUGUUAUAAAUAUACAGUAGUUAAUUGUGCACAUUUACACAAUUGUUUCGAGUAGUUAUUUCUCGUAUUCCGUAUUUACUGUCACACCUGCCAACAUUUGUAUUUGAAAAUUAGCAAAAUUUCCCUGGUAGGGAAAAAUUAGACCUUUCAUUUGUGUGAUUUUAUUUUGAAGACCUAACUCCGGAUGUGAUACGCCAAUGUUUGUCAAGCGUUGCCUCACCAGAUCGGAAAGUGAGAAGGCACAUCGCAAACCUCGUGUAAAUAUUUUCAUUACCGUAGGCUUUUAUGUCAUAAAAUAAAUGAUGUGCAUUUUGACAAGAAUGACCGGGAAAAGAAGGGCUAAAUACAGCAGUUUCCUAAGGAAAUGAGUGUCGACAGCUUUAACACUUGGCAUUUUGAUUGGACAAGUGCGUUCAUUGUAAUAAGUACGGCACAACCUAGUGUCAGCUGCCAGUAUGCGGAUGUUGCACCUAAACGUUCACCCUCAGGAAUCGCCACUUUAGAAGCUGUCACUGCCCGAUUCACCGAGCUACCCAAUCCGUAUGCGCAUGCGCCUAAAGGUCCGCUUUUUCCUUCCUCAACGGCAGUCCUUCCAAAAUAGCGUUUAAUAAUUUUUAAACAAGGAAGUGGUAGAAAAAUGGAUGCAUUCGUGAACGUAUCAACCUAAAAAUAAUCGACAGCUGCACUUUUAACGAUUACAGUGACUUAUUCAUCAUUAUUCAAAUUUGAAGCUGCCAUUCUCAGCUUUGCUUUGACUCCCGAGUGACAUCGUAAUGAAAAUAUGCUUGACUUUUUUUUUUGUUGCCUUUUUGGUAAGUUUGCUAUCAAAAUACUGCAGUGUGGCUGCUCAUGCGUUAUGUUUGUAAUGUGUUUUAACCCGAAGUCGUAAAACUGGGAGCGCGGCUGUAAAUUAAGAUUCUCAUUUGCGACAGUACACGCAUGCGCAAACGGGUCGGGCAACGACAAUCUUGGGUAGCCGCAAUUUAAAAAUGAGAUAAAAAGACAGGACUUAACUAUAUAUAUGUUGUACGAGUACUGUGUCUGUGUGUGUAUAUAUAUAUAUAUAUAUAUAUACUCUUUACCUUCGCAUCCGCGGAGAAAAAGUCACGUGACAUUUAAUUAAAAGUCAUACUUUACGAAGCAUAGAAGUUUAAUGUCGGGUCUAUAUUAUGUACAUGUAGCAAUUAAGUAUUCGGUAUGUGUUGUGGGGUUCGUUUUGGUGUUUAUUGAAUAAAUCUUGAUUAAAAAAAAGAAAGUCUGAGCAUCUAUUAUAUUUCCGAGACAUUUUUUUUAAAGCAUAACUGGAACUGACCUGUUAAGAUCACAAAUGGUUAAACAUUGAAGUGUUUUGCUAAUUAUUUGUAUGUAUACAUAUUUCAAAAGGUAUUUUAUAACAAGAAUCUUACCUGGUGAUAGAAAUGAGUGAUAGCAAGGUUAUCAGUGAAUAUAGCAUUGA